AUGUGCCCAGUGACGAUUUCAUGGCAGAACAGCACCACCACCUCUGGCAAGCGGCACUACUUCAACAAGCACAGAGCUCACCUGGGUAUCUGGGAGCACAUGUGGAACUCCCGCCUCGUGGGAGAGAACGAGACCUUUCCAGAGAAGGGGUACGAGGGCGUGCCAAAUGGAAGGGUCGAGUGGCCUUAUUGCAGGCAGUGGCCAAACUUCCCUAGGCCCGGACGUGAGGCCGGCGUUCGUGGAAGGGGGGGGAUGGAGCGGUUUGUGGGCCACCGGUUCAGCUUGCGCACCUUGCGAGAGGCACUCAACAAGCUGGUUGUGACCGGCAACGUGCAUUUCCGCUUCGUGGAGUUGGAGGCGUUCCGCGAGUUAAUGGUGCUGCUCAACCCGAACGUCGCGAACGUCCGAGUCCUCCCAUUUCGGUGGGCGGUGGCUCGUGAGUUGGUUGUGUUUGCGGAGCGCGCACGGCAGGAGGCGAUGGCUGAUUUGGCAGCAUCGCCUGGAGAGCCUGGGCCGGGAGUCUCAAUCUCCAGUGACAUUUGGACCGGGGGGAACGGGAAGGCCUACUCGGUGGUAAAGGGCCACUUAGUGACACGGGAGUGGCAGCUGCGGGAGGAGACGCUGGAUUUCCGUGAGAUGACAGGGCGACACGGGGGAGAGGAGAUUGCAGACUUGGUGCUGGAGGUGGUGCGUGAUUGGGAUUUGUUGGAUCUUUGUGUCGCAUUCGUGACCGACAACGCUUCCAGCAACACACGCGCGUUCCGCCUCCUGUUGGGUGGUAGUGCUCGACCUGCCAUUUUCUGCCCGGGCAUGCACAUCAGCCCAACCCGAUGGGGGUCGACGUAUGAGAUGGUGGUCCGCACCCUCGAGCUGCGCCGGGCGAUCCAUGUCCACUUCUACGACGACCAGGGCACGACACGUCUUGAGAGGGAACGCUUUAGAGCGCUCCGUCUCAAUGAUGUGCACUGGGAGGUGCUGGAGGCGUUGAAGGGAUUCCUUGCUCCCUUCAACGCCGUCAGCAAGGCGGCGGAAGGGUCGCUCUACCCGACCAUCUCCAUGGUCAUUCCAAGCUACAACGACCUCCUUGAUAGUUUGGAGGCGAAGCGCCAUGGCAGCCUGUCCCCGCUGGUCAUGGAAAUGACCGUUGCCGCGCUGGGGCACUUAAAGAACCAGGGGGGUGAGAGGCGGGCAAGGGGUCCGGUGACGGUGGAUGAGAUCCUGGAUCUGGUGCGCACACGUAUGACGGCUUACCAGGCGCGGGCAGCUGUGACAGCGCCUGCGCCUCCACCUGCUGCAGCAGCGCCAACAGCUGCUGCCGACAUUGAGGGCGAUGAGCACAUUGGCAAUUCUGCCCGUUCUGCAGCAGCAGUGGACUUGGGGCUCGAGGAGGAGGAGGAGUGCGAGGAGGAGGAGGAGGAGGGGGGGGAGGUGCCAUGUGCAGCGGGUGUGGGAGAGGGCUUGGGCUAG